UACUUUUCAGUAUCUAUUUCUUAUUUUUAUAUAGGAUAAAGCCUUACAAUAUGUCGUAAAACCACAGAACAAUGAGAAAGUAUUAAAAAAAAAGAAAGCUCCAAUAAAGCACCUCCACUGAAUGGCGACUCUAGCAAAAGUUCAUUUUUGUAGGAAACGAAUGGACCAAAGACAGUCAUUUCCGUACCUUUUAACUAACAUAUUAAGAAACUGAAAUUUGAAUAGUUCGAAACUAAGAUAUCAAUACAAAUACGAAAAAGUACAAAUAGAAUAUGAGUUGUUUAUUGAAUUUUGAAAACUAAGUUACUUUUAUACAUGAAAGAAAACUAGAAGAGUUGUCAUGGAGAAAUCAAGAAGGUAAAGUAGCGAUAUCUAGUUUGAAUUAGGGAACUAAUGUUGUUUUUAAAUACUAUCUCAUUUAAAAUUUUUAUUUUCUGGCAACAUUUAUCAUUGUAUAGUCUGUCACGCAUCUGUCACUUUUGUUUUUGCUGUGCCUGGGGUCGGUUUUUCUUUGUUGAUAAUUGUGAUUAAUAAUUGAUUGAAUGCUAUAGAACGAAAAACACAUUUACUGACGUCAAUUCGGUCAUUCGAUAACGUCGUCUAUAUUUGUGAGGUAUUUCAGAACUUCAUCGUCACAAUGCUUAGUACAAAAAUCCAUAUUGUGAUCAGUGCUAUUGGGGCUUUUAUUGGAAUAACAGCCUUUAUUUGUUUUUGCCUUGUUUAUUCCAAUAUUGAAGCUGGUAUAUGGGCGUUAAUAUCAUGUGUACAUGCAGCUCUCAAUCUUAUGUUACACUGCCACUACCUCAAGGAAUCGCUUCAUGUCAACUUCUCCCGGAAGGCUCUGCAGUAUAUAGGUGAUUGUGGAAUAGUUGGCUUUGCAUCGGGAGCUGCUCUCACAGUGUUUUACAUAUUUCUGGAAGUAUACUACCAAGCGGACAUCCUACCUGUUCAGACAAGUAUUAUUAUACGUUUGGUGUGGUCUUUCAUGAUGAUGAAGUGGGGCUUGAUGCUGUAUUUGACGACAAAGAAAUACUUAAAGACUUACAAUGACCACCAACUUUUCUCAGAGAAUCCGAAUGUUGAAGAUACAUAAAUUAUACUAAUGGUAUGUAUUGGUACAGUUUCUAGUAUAUUCAUAAACACUUGUCACACUUUCAAAGUAUAUUCUAUUGUAUUUUUCUUUUUUUUAUCAAACCAAGCUGUUUACUUAACUUUCUACAAUAUAAUGGACAGAUGACUAAAAAGUUUGGACAACUGUUUUUGAAUAUGUACAGGUUGUUUCUGAAUAUAAUUUCACUUAUAAUAAGAACAAACUAAAAAAAGAAAGGAACAUGACAUUUUGUAACUAACACCAAAAUUAUGAACAUUUUAGGAUUAAUAUUUUAUAGAAAUAUACAUAUUUUAUGUAAAUAAUAAUUAUAUUAUGCAAAUAGAUUGCAAGCAUAUAAUUUACCAAAUCAUUUUGCUGUAAAGCAUGUAAUUAACUAGUCUUAUCAAAAAUUUAAACAAACCCUGUGUAGUGCACAAAAAUGGGAAUAUAAGUAGAUAUACUUUUUGAAGGAUGUUAAAAAUACAUAUAUGCAUUUGAUUUUCGGUUUCUGUUACAUCUGUUGAAUAAUUUAUAUCUGUUUGAAUGUUUCAAUAGUUCCUAUUAAACUUAAUUUAUUAUUCAAUCAUGUAUCUCUCACACUCUUGCUAAAAUACUUUUUUUGCAUACACAUAAUAAUCAAAUGAAGCCUGCAAUUAAAUAAAGGUGUUUUAUUCCAAACGUAUCUCGAAAUAAUAUAUUUUUAGCGAUCUGAUACUUUAUAUUAUGUAAGAUUACAAAUAAUCUAGCUAUAAAAUGUAUUAUUAAUAUUUAACUGGUUAAUAUGCAAUCACUUAUCUUGUGAAACUCUAUCUGGUUUUGAGCUAUUUCGAAAUAUGCGUAAAAAAUAUAAAACUAUAUAGUUAUUGCAUAAUUUUGAAUUAAUUACUUUAAUUUCUUUUUGA